UUUUUUAUUAAUAGAUUCAUUUAAUAAAUUCUAGCCGAUUUCUGCUACAUUGAAAAUGUUUUCCACACUUCGUGGAGUUUGCUCGGCAAACGCUAAAUUUCGAAAUAAAAGAGUCCUCGCGUUCGUUAGUUUUCCAACGCGGUCGGUAAAGAAUUUUCCCAAGUUUACGGUAGAGCGAUGCAAGGCGCGCCACAAUAUUCCCGCGAAAAUUCAAUUUUCAAAUUGCAAAUUUCACACAACGAACCGGCGCGAUAUUCCCCCGGUUCUGGCACUAAUUCUGCGACCUGUAUUGCGUAUUGGUGCCUUUAUUUUCGGACGAACUCUGAAAAAAUGGUGGAGAAGAAUAGACCCAAACGAACGCGAGCGAUACGCAGCGGCUUUACGAAAGAAGAAACCAUAUUUAUAUGGCUUCCUGGGAGCAUUCUUCGCAAUGCUUGCGAUAUACUAUGUAUUGCACAUAGAAAACACUCCGAUAACAAAUCGCCCGCGCUUCAUAAUGUUCACCAAACAACAGCAGGCUGCCUUCGAAAAGUUCCAGUUAGAUUUGCAUUUGGAGGAGCAUAUGGACAAAAUCCUUCCGCAUAAUCAUCCGGUUUAUCAGCAGUUACUGAAAGUAACAAAUCGGAUAUUAAAUGGGAACAAGGACUUGCCAUACAUCAAGGAAAAAAACUGGACUUUGAGUGUUAUUGAUUUGCCAGAAAACAACGCCUUUGUUUUACCUGGUGGAAAUAUAUUUAUAUUCACUGGCAUGCUUAAGAUGGUUGAAAAUGAAGAUCAACUAUCGUUCAUAAUAGCCCAUGAAAUGGCACACUCGUUGCUGAAACAUGCGAUGGAACAAGUGUCGAAUGGAUUUAUAAUAGAUGUCUUGUUACUCCUGCCGAUAGUACUUAUCUGGGCGUUAUUCCCAGACUCGAUUGCGUUAAUCCUUCAAUUGACAGGCUAUCAGAUUCUUAACAUUUUCCACGAUUUACCCUACAACAGAGCCCUGGAAAGUGAAGCUGACGAAGUCGGACUGACUCUAUCAGCCAAAGCGUGCGUUGACGUUCGAGAGGCUGUUGUUUUUUGGAAAAUGAUGCGAUCUCUCCAAGAAUUGAACGCGGAGCCUUCUAACGUCACAUGGCUCUCGACACAUCCGAAUCACAAAGAUCGGGCAGAAAAUUUAAACGGAUUAAUGUCGAAAGCUAUCGCUUUACGUGGCAAUUAUCAGUGUCCAGGACUAAGCCCAGUGGAUCCGAGGAAAAAAUUCGACGCACAAUCAAUAAAAGACGUUGAAGCUCGAUUGAAACUACGUGGAGUUUUAUAACUGUUAUUCUAGACCACCGAAUAAAGUACGUAAGUAAGAAAUUGUGAUCAGAUUAGAACAGA